UAUGCCUACGGUCGAAACGCUGAUGUGAGAUACCAAAGACGGCCGGAGGUGAGGCAACGGCCGCGGUGCCAAGAAAAUGGCGAAGGACGCGAUUCUAGGGUUCCUCCAGGCCGACGACGGGAUCACCGACUCCCACGAGUUCACCGCCGUUGACGGAGUCGACCAUACUGAGCUCGAGAACGUCAUCAAGGGUCUCAAUGGCUUUGAGGAAAUUUAAGAAGGACAAUUAUCUUUUUAGCGAAGAGGGGAAACUGUAUGCGGUUAAAGGAUCGCCGGAGGUCAACUUCUUCUUGGCCGUACCUCCGAGGGGAUUUCCUUGGAAAAUAUGAAGGCAAGAUUGGAUACCUAGGUUUUCAGUAUUGGGUCAUCAUGGGCUAAAAAGAAUGAUCGAAUUGAGAUUGCCAAGGUAUCUGUAUCUAGAAAGGUAAAAUUUCACCACCCUUCUUGUUCUCUUAUUGAUGGAAUGCCCUUUUUGUUCUUUUAUCUUUACUAUCGUUUACUCAAAUGCUUGAAUUUGUUGUUUUUGGUUGAUAUUAACAUGUCAAGGCUUUAUGUGUUAGUUCUGUCUCGUAUGCAUUGUGAACCUAUGUGUAUUUACACUUACCAAACCUGUAUUCGAAGGGCAGUCAGUAUUGCCAAUGCAAUCAUAGACUCUAGGAUCUUGGAUAAUGUUACUAUGCACAAUGCAAAGUUAUGCUUUAGCAAAAAGUUUAUCCUGCCUGACUUGUGUUAAUGCCUGCAUCAGGUUUACACAGACAUCAACCAAAAAAAAAUUUUAUUUGUUUAUUAUAGUUCCUAGUGAUUUUUUUCUUUUCCCGGAAAGCUUGAUUUUUAAAAAGAAAGGGGAUAACCUUGAAUUCCUCAGGAAGAUCGGUGCCUCUAGUUAAUGUCGAAUCAUGUCUUAAGUUCUCUUAUAAAUCUUUUAAAGUCCAACUCUCUGAACUCUGAAAUACCUUAUCAAUGUUCUAAAGUUCAUGUGUUAUAGUUACUAUUAUAUUUGGUUAAUUUUUGCAUUGCUACAAAUGGAUCUUUGUUCUCCCUAGUAUGGCUUAUAUGUAUGAGGAGAGGAGAGGAGAGGAAAGGAGAGGAAGGUGAUUGACGGUCGACAGUCUGACAGUUUGCAGUCAAUAAUCCUGUUAUUGAUAAUCAACAGUUCGUAGUUGGACUGGUAUCUUAGCCUGGCGUUGGCUCUCAAUAAUAGGACUCCCCACUCCUCAACCUCCUCUCUUUUCCUUCUCCUAUUGGGCACUGGGUUAUAGGGAUUUUGGUUCCUAGUUGGGUUUUGCGAAGAGUAAAGAUGUGGUUUGUUGCUUAUAGAUAGAUAUGCUUUUCAGUUUUGAGACCCAAAAACUACAAAUUUUCAUUUGAACUGAUAUUACAUAUAAUGAAAAAAAUAGCCCAUCUUGCCUCACUCAACGCUUGUGAGGUAAGACACCAGUCCCAUAAACAUCAAAGUUCUCCAAAGUAUAUGAUUACUACUAAUUCUGUAUUCUUCAUCAUUUGAUUUCAUAAUCACUUGUUAUGUUAGUAAUAAGGCAACCAUGUCUUGAUCUAGGAGCUCUGGUGUCUCCAAUCAUAAUACCUAGAUCAAAGCCAUUCCAUUAGUAUGAGAAGGCUCUGCACCUUCUUUGUAGUUUCAGGUUUCCAGGGUCUAUCUGUUUGCAUUUCAGUCUCCCUUACUUGUCCUGAUUUUACAAAGAGAUUAACCUGCCUGUAAAUAAUUUAGUGUUCAACUGUAGAACUUUAGAGCACCUCAGCUCGGAUGCUGGCUGAAGCAUUAUGUUCAGAGUAUUUUGCAUUUCUUUAUCUGACUACGGUAUUUCAUCCUUGUUGUUUAGGCAUAUUAAAGCUUGUGCCUAAAACCAAGCACGGAAAUCUUUUGGUAGCAAAUUCUUUUUUCAUAUCUUGAACUUAAAAUGUUCCUGAUCUUGUCUGAACUGGUUCUGUUGUUCAGUUGAAGAAAUGGGUGGAGGUUGGGAACUCUGGCAUGUUCACACCUGAAAUGGUGCUCCCUAUGCACGGGGUUUCCCUUGAGAGGUAAUUGUGUUUGCUUGAUUCUUUAGAACGCAAGGCAUAUCAUAAUUCAGAAAGCAACCUGCUGUUACCAUUGCAGCGUAAGUUGCUUGAGGCACAACUUAAAUGAGGUCUAACAUAAACUAUUUAAGUUUUGUUAGGCUACAUUAGAAUGAUCAUUCAGUUGUUGUCAGAUGUGAUGUCAACAGUUUGUGGUCGACACAGUUAAAGAUGAUUGACCUUUUGUCUCUUGUUUCGGAAAAAUUUAGUUGUGUUGUAGCAUCCAUUUUUAUCCAUGAUUAGAUGGAGAAAAACUAGACAUAGUACAGAAGUACCAAAGUCAGGGUGAACUACUGAUCAAAUGCUUGGUUAAGAUCCUGCGUAAAUUACUGCUGUUCGGAGCUGCAUCAUGCAUUCUUAACUCUUGUUAUAAUCUACGAAACAACAUUUUUAGCCAGUACAUAUCUUUGUCUUUUGGUACUCUAUGUUACUUCAUUUAGUGGCUUUUAAAUUUCUGUCAAAUCCAGGCCAACUAUGAUUUAUAUAGAAUUGACAAAAUUCAAGAUCUCUUAGGACUGAAGGUCUGACAAAUUUAGUCAAGUAUGGUUGGAUUAGAAUAUUGGUCCGGAACUAGGGUGGUAGAUCUACUCCUGACCAAUUUAUGAUCAUGUUUAAGAUCUGAUUUUGUAAUAUCCAGCCAACUGAGCCACUUUUGUUGCUAAAUGAUUAGCACUACUCAAGUUUAGUAAUAUUUUGAUCAACCAUAAACUUUUUUUCUCUUUUUUUAUUAAUCAGUGAAUUUGUUCAAGAACCUACAUGUGCCAAUUGUCCCGUAUUUAAAGAAAAAUAAGAGAUAAGUAAUUUGAAUGCUCAGGGUAGGUAUUAUUGGUUGAUCCAUGGGCUGAUCCAUUUGCGGCCAUUUAUUAUUUUGUUGGUUUCCUAUACCCAUUACCAACGCAUUUAUGAAAGUUCUUCCAUAUCUGUUUACUGUCUAGCUGGCUGGUCUAGUUUGCUUACUAUUAUUUAUAGAUGUUUUGAUUUGCUUUCUCCUUAUUUAUAAGGAUAAAUCCGAGUAUAAAUUGACAUAUUAUUCAGCUAACUUGCCUUCAGUAAAUUGAAUCAUCUGGUUCUCUCAACUUUGCUUCUAUGUUGGAAUUUUUAAUGAUACAAGCCUAAGUCUUAGGACUAAUAUACAUAAGAUUGAAAACCAAUUCAAUUCAAAAACUUAGUAAGUUGCACAUAAAACUCAGUGUGUGUCACCCAACUCUUUUAAUCCUUAGCCAUGUUAAUUUUAAUCAUCACUCAAUCUUCAUCUCAUGCAUAAAUACUUUUCUAACAAAUCCCACCUUUAUUAAAAGAAUUGUGUUACUCUGUUUUCUUAGACAAUCUCAUUUGUCCAUGUUAUAGCUGUGAGUUUUGCUUCACCACUCUAAUUUGUCAAUUACACUCAUGUUUGAAAAAUGUUGACAAAAUGACAAUCACAUCCCUCAAUGAAUUGACAGUUCUUCCCUGCUUUGCCUUAUCAAAAGGAACCAAACUAAAUGAAAAGCCAAAGACUUCAGUUUCUACAAGAAAAAUACAAUGUACUUAGAUGGUCUCUCAGGGAGGUUUAGCCAGAUUCAAAGUACCCAUAGGAACAAGACAGCCAUUUUCUUGGACUGCACCACCGGCAGUAGGCCACUCAAAUUGUCAUGUUUGUGAUAAGGAGCAAUAAAGUGCACAGACACAACAAACAAGUGACCCAAACAUGACUUUAGGGAAGCCCCAUGGAGACUUCCCAUCCAUAUCCCAUGGACCAGCUCAUAAAUCAUUCACAUCCCUGGAUGUGUACACUCCACCAAUGUUCAUAAUCCCCCCCUACAUUUCAGAUUCAGGAGCUUGCUGGUCCUACAUUUAUUUUACCAUCCCUUUAAUUCUAAAGCUCCUUUGGCUUUGUUAGUACUGAGAUAUCAUUAAAGUUAGCUGAGACUUGGAAAUACCGAAAUACUGGGGACAAAGACUUUGGAAAUAUCUGAAUUAUUGUAGAAUAUGCAUGAAAUUCCCCAACUGAACACAAAAUUAGGAAUAAAUUUGAAAAAAAAAAAUCAUGUAGUUGAAUAUUAAUUGAAAACUUUCCAUCAGAACUUACAUGAAGAUUUUAGAGAAAUAUAGAAGUUAUGUAAUUAUAGAUCAAAAGAGGUCUCAUGGAACAAAACAUGAGGACAAGGUUGGCUUACCUACUUGGAUAGAUGUAACUUGCAUUGGGGUCUUAGUUUACAUGUCCCACACAGAUUUAUUAAGGUCUUGUUAUAGCUAUGAUGAUUGACCCUUGUUUGUAUCAAUAAAUGCACAGAACUCUUUGGUUCACCUUCAAUUGCCACUCGCCACUUUAUUGUCAUGUCAUGCAUGCAGCUUCCCCAAGAUCUAUAAAAGAGGUCAAAGCCCUAAAUAGAACAAAUGACCUUCUAAUUCUGUUAACACUUCAUUUACAAAAUAGAUGCUUAGCAUAAUAGACAUGAUGGGAACUUUGUGAAAACCUUGUCUUGCUUUAGACAGCUUUAUUUUUCUCUUUGUUAACACUUUAGGGAUGGGAUGCAUAUAAUUAAUUUUCAGAAAGAAAAUUACACACAUGUCAGGUCUAAGUUGGAUCAAGACAAGCACAAUAGGCAAUGAGUUGAUCACUACUGAAAAAAGGGGUCCUCAAUAAUUUCUUGCCGAACGUAUCUUUAUGUGAAUCAAAAGCUAGAUACGGGCCACAAGUGAUACAUACAUAGCACUCCAAUUUCAAGACAAAAAGGAAGUCUUUAGAAGAUGUUGAAGCCCUUCCUCUUGGGAAAGUGCAAAAUUAUAGGAGGUGGUGUAGGGCCUGAAGAUGUCUCCUAUCUUUUGUUCACGAACCUUCCCUUCUCCCAUCGUCAGAUCAGUACACAAAAAUGUUUGCUAGUGAGAACACUUGUGGCGAGAGGUGAUUGGUCCAUUUCUAUGCCUCCUGUGAUUUAUUUGUCUUUCUUUCAGAAGUAGAAAUGAUUUAUGUUAUUAUUCAGAUGCUGAGAAUUCAUCUUCUUCAGUUGUGUCAGUGACGAAACCAAGCAAGUAGCUGAAAGAAAGAGAGGACACUCGAAGACGGUCCUCUUGAGCUAAACUGAGGUCCAACUUACAAGGUCAGUGUUCUUCUAUUUGUCCUUCCUGGUAAAUAUUCGCUAUGUUUAUAGGUUACAUACAUCUGGUAUAUGCCUCUUAAUGAUUAGGGUUGUCUUCUUGCUCAUAGACUGGUUGACUCCGUGUAGUCUUCUUCUAUCCAUGGUAGGCUUACUGACCCAUGUAAAAAGGAAUAAAUAUCUAAGACAAUUUAACUACAAGUUGAAGUUUUCUAGUACAUGAUCAAUUUUUACCAUAACUCGAGAUGGAUAUGAAAGAAGCCCUGCAAUGAGCCUCUUUUAUUCACAUGAUGAGGUCUCUUUCGAAGUCUUCUAAUCUUUUCCCCACCCAAAGGUAUAAAUGAUAGAUGAGUCCCAACUGCAAAUGGGUUCUAUUGAACGUGCCCACCACAUGUUAACUCUCAUCUUUCUCACAUAUCUCCAUGGUUUUUUUUUUUCUUAUUAAAACUCAAAAAGUAUUCUGAAAACAAAAGAUAAUGACAUCAUAUGCCUCUUAAAAUUACCUUCCCAAAAGCUACAAAAUUAGCCUAUGUGCCUCAUCAUUAUAGGCUCGAUGUAUAUGUUGGCAGUUAAACAAACAUGUAUCACUGUGCAGAUUGCAAAGGUGCCAUGGCACCACCCUAGUAUGACCAUUGACAAAACUGAUGCAUUCAUUCCAUAGACACUGUACAAAUCACUAUAUUCCUCCAGUCUCGAUGUUUUGCCUUGUCAAAGGCAGCCAGCUUGCAUGUCCAGUAGUUACCAGUACAUUCUUUGUUUUGACUACAUAUCUCCAAUUUGUUGGCAAACCCAUGUUUUAGAUUACAUUAUGUUGUAGUUAACGGGCACACAUGCAUGCACUGUACGUAGCCACGUGCAGAGACACAACCCAUCCAAUAGUUGACUCUUAAUAUUCUCCUUUUUUUUUUUUUUUUUUUUAAAGAUACUGACUAACUUAGCUAAGUAGUCAAUUAACUUGGACAUGACAUAUAUAUAUAUAUAUAUAUAUAUAUAUAUAUAUAUAUAUAUAUAUCAGUUAAGUUUGGAUAUAUUUGCCCAGUGAUAAUGAACAUGAAACAUUGAUGGCCCCAUUUAUAUACUUCCUCUCUUGAACCUGCGUCUGAUAGCAAAAAUUUGGGCCAUGGACAUACAACACCACCAAAGGGAGAGAGUGAAGACAGCUAGUGAAGGUAAUAAGGGUGGUGUUGUUCCUCCACCACCCCCACCAUCAUCAGCAGCUGCUUCCCCUUCUCAUGAGUUCUCCUUCACCAUCUCCUUCCACCCUCCACUAAGCUCAGCACCAAAGACCCUCAAAAGCGGCAAGGCCACGGCCACUUCCGCCGUCGACUUGGCCCCGGCCGACGACAUCUUCCUUCACGGCCACCUCCUCCCCCUCCACCUGCUCCCUUCCCCGACCAGCCCUCCCCGCCCCUCGGACAUAACCUUCGAAAACUUCGGCCUCACUGUCGACCACGCCGACGCCGACCGAAGCCAGAAGCAUGAGGCCGGCGUCGACCACGAAGACGGCGGCGGUAAGAACAGGGAGAAAGCCAAGGGCAGGAGCUUGUCUUCCUUCUUUGGCUUCGGGUGGUUGAGGAGGAGGAACGGCGAUGGAGAGAAAGAGGAGGACUUCAAGAAGAAGCCGCAGAAGAAGAAAAGAGGGUUCGACGUUGGCCGGCUUCUGAGGAAGUACGCGAGAAUCGUGGAGCCGCUCUUCUUCCUCCGGGCGGAGAAGGAGAAGCCCGACCUCCGUCGGAGGCCGUACUCCUUCUCCGGCCACUCCACCGGUAGGGAACGGGAGGGGUGGCGGAGUAAGUCGCAGCUGUCAGCGCCGGACUCCACGACGACGUCUCGGACCAACAGCGGCCUCCUCUCCGCCACAUCCAUGGCCUUCUCUUCCUCCGACAACAGCACCAUGGAGGAGCUGCAGAGCGCGAUCCAGGCGGCCAUCGCGCACUGCAAGAACUCCAUUGCUUCCAAGCAGGAGAUGCAUGUAAACGCCGCGACUAGGUAGUAAAUUUGUGUGCAGCGUAAGAACCGAUGGCACGUAGAAACUGUGCAGGUGAUGUAGAUGAUUGAGAUGUGUCUCUGUGCAAGAACAUGUCACUGAAGAGACAAUUCAAUCUUCAAUUAAAGGAUUUGUUCUUUUAA